GUGUUUGCCGGCGAUAUUUCCCCGUUCGGCCGGCGGUUGGAACUCCGGCGCUACUCUGAUUCUUCUUCGCGGUGGUUCUAGUUCGUCCCAGACGGGCUGGUCGGCUUCAAUUUUUGGUUGGGGAGUCCGUUCCUCUUUUUAUUUCUCUGUGAGUGAUGGAUAAGGAUGCUUCGACUGGUGGUGGAGGGAAGGUAUUUGAUCAUGUUGAUGAUUCUGGUGAUGCUGUGUUUUCUGGUUUGGGGAAUUUAUCUUCUAAUAUGACAGAUGAUGCUGAUGAGUCAGCUGACAAGACUAUAAGAGAAUCUCUGGAUUUGCUGAACCAGGAUUUUGCUGCAUAUUCUGCUGACAGUUUACCGCGUUUCUUAGAUCCCCCAGUAUUUGACAGGACUCCUGCUGUUGAGAAGGGUAACAUGGGCAGCCCUGUUUUUUAUUAUACUCCUCUGCGGCAAGUUCUUGAAUCUGAACCAGUUGAAGCUACACCUUUGAUGGAAGAAACCCAAUCUCAGUCUGUGGCUGCUUGCGAAGGAAAAGGAGAGACAAUCUGCUAA